AAUGCGGGAAUUGUGCACGUGCGUUUCUGGAGUUGCCGGAAGUGAAUCCACGGGCAGUUCUGUGGGCGAAUGUUGUGGAUAAACAGGUGGAUCCAGAUAACAACAGACUGACCGCCAUAAAAACCAAAAAAGAAGAAGAACAACAACUGGCUGGCUACAUUUGUGUUUGAGAUCCAUAGGAUAUUGCAGAGCUUGCCGGCAGUCUGUGUCCCUGGAGAAGGAAUGUAUCGGCUGCUCAUUUCUAUCCAGCGCAUCUUCCCUAACACGUACAUAAUGGCUGUAGCUCUGUCGAGUCGGGGGUCAGUAGGUGCAAGCAUUGCAAUGUUCAGCUGAAAAGGCUGAAGACUAGAAGUUAAAAUGAUUACAUUACGACCGCUUUUGAGAAUUUUGUCAGGCGCACGAUUGUCGAUUGUCGCCAAUAACAAACGCUGGACUGACAAGUGUAAGGAUCUGCGCUGUUUUCAUACGUCGGGUAAGAUGAGUCGGGAGCAGCCGAACGAUCGCCUGGCUGAGGUGAACGAGUCGAUGAAACGGGGCGCGGAAAAGGCAGGCAAUGCGGGGGAUGCCGCGGUCCACACCGAGAAGAGGCAGAAGGUUAGCGAGGAUCAACCCCUCGACGAGAAGAAAUUCCAGAAAAGAAAAGUGGUCCUUCUCAUGGCCUACUCGGGCAAAGGGUAUCAUGGCAUGCAGAGAAAUAUGGGCUCUUCCAAGUUUAAAACGAUCGAAGACGAAUUGGUUACGGCCCUGGUGAAGUCGGGAUGCAUUCCAGAGAAUCAUGGUCACGACAUGAAGAAAAUGUCCUUUCAGCGAUGUGCAAGGACAGACAAGGGAGUGUCAGCGGCGGGGCAGGUGGUGUCUCUGAAGCUUUGGCUGAUUGAUGAUGUCGUGGCCAAGAUUAACGCUCACCUGCCUGCACAGAUACGAGUGUUAGGCCUCAGACGGGUGACGGGCAGCUUCAACUCUAAGAACAGCUGUGACGCGCGCACGUACUCCUACUUGCUCCCCACCGUAGCCUUCGCGCCCAAGGAGCUGGUCCACCAGGACGCCAGCUUCCGGCUGGGGAGCGAGGCCCUGCAGCGGGUCAACCAGCUCUUCUCCCGCUUCAAGGGCACCCACAACUUCCACAACUUCACCUCCCAGAAGGCCCCGGGGGACCCCAGCGCCCGCCGCUACGUCUUGGACAUGGCGUGCGCGGAGCCCUUCCUGCGCGACGGCGCCGAGUUCGCCGUCGUCACGGUGACGGGCCAGAGCUUCAUGAUGCACCAGAUCCGCAAGAUGAUCGGCCUGGUGGUGGCCGUGGCCCAGGGCUACGCGGACCCGGGGGUGCUGGAGAGGAGCUGGGGCGAGAGUAAGGUGGACGUGCCCAAGGCGCCGGGGCUGGGCCUGGUGCUGGAGCGGGUCCACUUCCAGCGCUACAACCGUCGCUUCGGCGGGGACGGCCUCCACGAGCCGCUGGACUGGAGCAGGGAGGAGGGCAGCAUCGCCGCCUUCAAGGAGGAGCACAUCUACCCCAGCAUCCUGCAGGCGGAGCGGGAGGAGAAGUCCAUGCUGGCCUGGAUGGCCACUCUGCCCAAGCACGACUUCCAGGCCACCGAUUCGGGGCUGCAGGGGGGCAGAGAUGCACUGCAGGUUGGGUGGCCGUCUCUGUCGGUUGGAUGUGAGCAUCAUUGGAUAAUGAUGAAGAUGAAAACCGCUCAGAUUAGACGUCUUGUGAAAAAACAGGCGAGCUGGUUCCCUGAAGCCUCAAGGAUGGUUUAUAUCCUGUGUAAUGGGUGGGGAGAGGGGGUCUUACUUUGCCUUAAAAUCAAUUCAGACCUUGGGGGGUGGGGUGUCUGGUGUCAACUAGUGUGUAGGGAAUUGAAUAAGGAUGACAGUCAUGAUUUUAACUAAAAUGUACUCUAAAAAGCUUUGUUAAUAUAAGCAUUUUAACCUGUUUUUAUUUGGAUUGGAUUUGUCAAAGUGUAUUUAGUAGUGAAGGUCAUGACUGCCUCACUAAUGAUGGAAAAUGGAACAUUGUACCAUUUCAAAAACAUGUUUGGGAAAAAAUCAUGCUAAAAACAGUUGUGGAGCUUUCGAGCUCACUGAGGAACUAUUUAUUUUAGUUUUCAUUUUUAUAUAUUCUUUGUCUUAUUGAGUCCCAUUUGGGUAAAAUCUAUUUUUUGAGGCCUUGGUUUCUUGGAAAAAAAACAGAUUUUAAAGUACUGUGGGGUUGAUAAAUCUGAGGUUGUUUGUUGUAAGUACAGUAGUCUUCCAUUUCAGUUGACUGUAUGAAAACAAACUGCAAUUGCCUAAUUUGUUUUUGAAAUUCUUGAACAUUUUUGUCUAAAAGGCCCACAAGCUGUGUUCUUGAUCACCUGAAAAUGUGUUUUCAGUUAACUUAUAAAAACUGUGUAUUUACAGAAAUUCUGUUGGUAAUCAAAAUACAUUGUAUUUAUGGGAAAAAUGUGCCUGAAUUUCAUUAUUUAUCUUUUCAUGCUGGAGAACAAUAUUUAUUAUGUUAUCCCAUUACGUAAAACAAAAUAUAAAACAAAAUUUCCUCGAUAUGACUACAUAUUGUUAAAGUGGAUAACAGUGACAUAACGUGGGUGUAUUUGGUUAUUUUCCAAUGAAUUUUAAGCAGAUGCUCUGUGCUUAAUUUUGACAUUUUUGGAAGCUUGUUUGUAUAUGUUGAAUUUUUCAGUAGCUUAGCGUCUGUAAAAUUCUUACUGCUUGGUAAAGAUGCCACCAGUUUGACCCUGAAAACGUGCAAUUGUAUUUUUGUUUAUGUUACUGCAAUAUUUAAUGUAUUUAUUUAUCAAAUAAAGGCUGUCGUUUUAUAAAG